AGCCGCACGUGAAGAUCUCCAUAAUGCCAAAUUUCUCCUCCCAGCCAGGGAAGUCUGCUACUGCCUCCAGUCCCAGAUCCACCCGUCUGUUCCGCCCCGCCGCGCGCACCAUGGAUCCCCCGCGGCGGCGGCUACCCGCCGCGCUCGUCGUCUUCCUCCUGCUCCUCGCCGCGGCCUCUCCCGUCGCGCGCGCGUGGAAGAAGGACGAGUUUCGCAACUGCAACCAGACGCCCUUCUGCAAGCGCGCUCGGACCCGCGCCCCGCACUCGCUCGACGCGCCGCUCUCCCUCGCCGCCAGCUCCCUGGCCAUCUCCCCCGACGGCUCUAUCUCCGCUGAGCUCUCCCACCCGUCCCGCCCGCGGCCCCUCGUGCUCCGCCUCUCUGCGCUGCCCCCGCACGCGCUGCGGCUCCAGAUCGAUGAGGACUACUCCACCGCCACGCCGCCGCACCGCCGGUUUCACGUCCCCGAUGUCCUCCUCCCGGACCUCGAGGCCCGCACGCUCCACCUCCCCGAGCCCAAGACUGCCGCUGGCGUAUCCACCGUUGCGCUCUCCUCCGACCUUGACGUCGUCGUUAGACACGAUCCGUUCGAGCUUGCCGUCCGCCGUGCUGGGUCGGGCGAUCCCGUGCUCUCCUUCAACUCCCACGGCCUCUUCGACUUCGAGCCGAUGCGGGAGUCCAAGCCGGAGGACGACACGUGGGAGGAGCACUUCCGGAGUCACACCGACAAGCGCCCCCGCGGCCCGCAGUCCAUCACCUUCGACCUCUCCUUCUAUGGCGCGGACUUCGUCUACGGUCUCCCGGAGCACGGGUCCACCUCGCUCGCCCUCCGCCCCACCCGCGGCCCGGGGGUUGAGGAGUCCGAGCCCUACCGCCUCUUCAACCUUGAUGUCUUCGAGUACCUCCACGAAUCGCCCUUCGGUCUGUAUGGCUCGAUCCCCUUCAUGAUUGGGCAUGGCGGCCGGGCGUCGUCUGGCUUCUUCUGGCUCAACGCAGCGGAGAUGCAGAUUGACGUGCUUGCACCAGGUUGGGAUGGGGUCACUGACCAUGAGAACGGGCGGAUCGACACACUGUGGAUGGCUGAGGCUGGUGUCAUCGAUGCAUUCUUCUUUGUUGGUUCUGAGCCUAAGGAUGUGAUCAAGCAGUACAUAAGUGUCACGGGCACACCUUCAAUGCCACAACAGUUUGCUACUGCGUAUCACCAAUGCCGGUGGAACUACCGGGAUGAGGCAGAUGUUGACGGUGUAGAUGCUGGUUUUGAUGAGCAUGAUAUUCCAUAUGAUGUGCUCUGGCUCGACAUUGAGCAUACGGAUGGCAAGCGGUACUUUACAUGGGAUCAUUCUGCUUUCCCCAAUCCAGAGGAGAUGCAGCGAAAGAUAGCAGAUAAGGGGAGGAAGAUGGUCACCAUUGUGGAUCCCCACAUCAAGCGUGACAGUUCAUUCCACCUCCACAAGGAGGCAACAGACAAGGGGUACUAUGUGAAAGAUGCGAAUGGGAAUGACUUUGAUGGGUGGUGCUGGCCUGGAUCAUCAUCCUAUCCUGACAUGUUGAAUCCUGAGAUACGUGAGUGGUGGGCUGACAAGUUCUCCUAUGAAAAUUACAAGGGAUCAACUCCAACACUGUACAUUUGGAAUGAUAUGAAUGAGCCAUCUGUCUUCAAUGGCCCCGAGGUCACCAUGCCCAGGGAUGCAAUGCAUUAUGGAGAUGUUGAACACCGAGAAUUGCAUAAUGCAUAUGGGUACUACUUUCAUAUGGCUACCGCAGAUGGACUUCUCAAGCGAGGCGAGGGGAAAGAUAGACCCUUUGUUUUGUCAAGGGCCUUCUUUGCUGGAAGUCAACGGUAUGGUGCAGUUUGGACAGGCGACAACUCCGCAGACUGGGAUCACUUGAAAUCUUCUAUCCCAAUGGUCUUAACUCUUGGUCUUACUGGCUUGCCUUUCUCUGGCGCGGAUAUUGGUGGAUUCUUUGGAAACCCAGAACCAGACCUAUUGGUGCGUUGGUACCAAGUAGGAGCAUUUUAUCCUUUCUUUAGGGGUCAUGCUCAUCAUGACACCAAGAGACGUGAGCCAUGGUUAUUUGGAGAGCGAAGAACUGCCAUCAUAAGGGAGGCGAUACAUAUGCGGUAUUCAUUGUUGCCCUACUUCUACACGCUGUUCAGAGAGGCUAGUGUAAAUGGCAUUCCUGUCAUGCGUCCUUUAUGGUUAGAAUUUCCUGACGAUAAAGAAACUUAUAACAAUGGCGAGGCAUUUAUGGUGGGGCCCAGCCUUUUAGCUCAAGGAAUAUACGAAGAGGGCCAGAAAUCAGUGUCGGUCUACCUUCCUGGGAAGGAGUCAUGGUAUGACUUGAGAAAUGGAUCUCCAUACAAGGGAAGCGCGACACACAAGCUACAGGUUUUAGAAGAUAGCAUUCCCAGCUUCCAAAGGGCUGGUACAAUUGUGCCAAGAAAGGACAGAUUCAGACGCAGUUCUACUCAGAUGGUGAAUGAUCCAUACACUCUGGUGAUAGCACUCAAUAGCUCAGGUGCUGGAGAAGGCGAACUUUAUGUGGAUGACGGGAAAAGUUAUGAGUACCAGCAAGGGGCAUUCAUCCAUCGCCGAUUUGUCUUUGCAGACAAUAAGCUAACUUCAUUCAAUAUUGGGCCUGACGAUUUGGGCAAGAAAUUUAGAAGUGAUUGCGUGAUUGAAAGAAUUAUAAUCCUCGGUUUACGAUCCGGAGUGAAGAAGGCUAUUAUUGAGCCUGGAAAUCAAGAACUAGAAAUUGAAUCAGGGCCAAUUAGUUUAAGGAGUGGUUCCAGCCCAGUCGCGCCAACAAUCCGGAGGCCCAAUGUUUGCAUUGCAGACAGUUGGACUAUAAGGAUAGCAUAAAAGAUGUAUCGGCUAUAUGCUGUCAAAGACUAGAAGGAUUUCGUGUUCUUUCAGCAUUAUGUGUUCCUGAUUAUUGGUUGAAAGCCGAUAGAGAGGGAGUGAGGGACAAAUAACUGAUGGGAGUUUUCGGGUAUACACUACUAUAUGCUUAGUGGAGUAUGGAUUGUUAUCAAAUUGUCUGGUUAACGUUAUCAAAGCAUCCUGGACUGGCACUCAGAGGGACUCUGGUACUACACGUCUCUUUUAUCGCUGUUAUUUUGCUGCUUCCACGCAGUAAAACAGUUCUUGCAAGGUCUCAUCAAACAGCUAAAAAAAUAGCUUGCACAAAGGGGGGGAAAAGGAGAAAAGAAUGGAGUUACUAGAGAGACACUUUACCGAUGUAUGGUAUUAAACUGACAUCCUGGCAUGAUACAACAUAAAUCAACGGAGCAACGUAAACUCUCCACGCAAGGCCACAAGUCAGACGAUCAGGAGGGGAUAGUCCCAUAGCUACAUCUACCUCCGAUAUCCGAAGCUUUAAACACCAGCAGAACACGUACUAUACUUCGCUGAUGCUACAUGAGAGGCGCAUGCGCAGCGCGGCGCAGCCUUAUCUGUCAGCAGUGUGCCGCAGAUCAUCAGUUCCAAGCCAAUCCAUCAUCAGUUCCGGAGAAACGUCCAUGGUCCCCUCGCUGCCCCCAUCCUCCAGGUGCUAGCUAUGGUCCUCAGACUCAUGUAGAUCGUCAAUGCGAUCCAUAUACCGAUGAAUCCGUUAUGCGCAGAAAGGUACAGCAGGCAUGGUAUCGACACAGACGCAACAGCAACCUGAAGAUUCUCAUUCAGGUCCAUUUUCAUUGUUGGGAAGAGUUUCAGAGUUGAAACCUGACUUUUUUAUCAGAAUGGGAGAUGUGAAAAGAGUUUACCAUGGAGUAAGCAGAGUAUCUGUAGUCUGACGCUCCAAAGUUGAUGCCAUCAAACACGAAGGCCAGGGAAUUGAUGGUCUGCGUCCCGGCGACAAACUGAACCGAGAUAAAAGAUGUCUAAUUCAGUGUCUGAAUCUUGUGAAAUGCUUGCGUAUGGAGCGGCGUUGUUUCGAUAGCCAGGCCAGGGCACGUCCUUACCGGGAUGCCUCUGUGAAUGACUUGGAUCACGGGCACGUCGCUUGUGAAAAUGCCAGCCCCGAACCUCAUAGCAAGUCCCAGCACGACGGUGAGACCCAUGCCCAGGACAAUGCUCAGCUGCAAGGCAAAGAGGACCAUUAGCACGGUAUGACACCUGGGUUGCUGUUGCAGGAAAAGGGUUGACAAGGACCUGAUACACACUGCUGUUCUAUAUUGUGACUUUACCUGCAACACACGGGAUGUCGCGGCAGCGACCUUCUUACUGUCGUUCUUGGCGAACGCGCUUGCAAGCACCGCCUGCAGUCAGUCAACAACAGCAGGAUUCAAUUCGUGAGUCGUGACGCACCGUCUGGUUAUGAACGAAGCUCACUACGCCGACUAGUCUAAAAAAAAUGGUUGUAAACCUGACCUGUCCUGCCACGGCCAAUCCAUCGGCGAGAAGAGACGUGGCCAGCCAGAGCUGGCAGCAGAUCUGGAAGCCUGCCAUGACGGUGGGUCCAUGGCGAGCGGCCAGGGACGCCGCCAGCGUGACGCAGAACGUCACCGCGACAACCCUUGCGAGCAGCAGGAAUCCUGAAGCAGAAACAAAAAGUUCAAUCUCCUUCCUGAGGGUAGAUAUUAUUAUCCGGGCUCUGGAUUCCAACGGUAUCUCACCACAUCCAAGAAACCUCCCAAAUUUCAGAGAUUUAAUGCUGGGUGGGAUAACGUGAACUCGCUGGACGAGCCGGCACAGCAGUAUCAACGUUAUCAUGUACCUGCAAUAAGGGGAGAGAGAGAGAGAAAACAGAGAGAGGAUAAGCUUAUCAUAGAAAUAGAAAAGCUGUUAUACUUUCUCUAUCGGGGAAAGCAAGACGCGUGAGCAGUGUCUGAAACUCACUGAGAAACAACAUGAGCAAUAGCCGCACCAGUGACGCCCAUAUGGCAAACAAACAUCAAAAUCGGGUCCAGUAUGAUGU